AUGUCUACCACUUCGGGAGUCAACGUGCUCCGGUACUCGGCUCUUGCCCUAGGUGUUUUCUACGGUUUCACGCACCAGAGAAGUAUCAACGCAACGCAAAGGGUCGCCGCGGCGAAGAAAGAGUACGAACACAAGCAGCAGUUAAUAGAGAAAGCGAGGGCCGAAUAUGCGAGGUCCAAAAACCCAGCUCUUGCGGCGUCUGAGAAGAGUCCCUUGAACCAAGACCCGAUGGACCCCAACUUCGACCUGGAAGCCUACUUCAACGCCCUUGCGGCACAAAAUCCGUAG